CAACAGAAAGCCUGCCUUGGUGGAGCGACCAGUAACCGAACACAAAGCAGCUGCAACAGCAUUAUUUAUGAAGAUUUCUCACCGUAUUUUGCUAUAAUUAGUACGAGUUUGAUCUACUAAUUAAACGUAACAUUUGACUGGUUAUAAAGAUGGGCAGGAGCAGGAGCCGAACUCCACCGAGACGAGAGAGAAGACGUUCCCGCUCGACUUCUCGGGACCGUGAGCGAAGGCGAAGGGAGAGGGAUCGCUCUCGUUCCAGAGAUCGGGACAGAGAGAGGCGGAGAAGCCGCUCACGAUCUCCUCACAGGAGGCGUUCAAGGUCUCCUCCUAGACGUCAUCGCUCCUCUUCCCUCUCUCCUGGGAGACAAAAAGACCGACGUGAAGAUGAUCGCAAAGACGCUAAGGAUAAGCCAGCGAAGCCCAUUCAGAUCUCAGCGGAAGACAUGCAAGGCAAAACAGAAGAGGAAAUUGAGAUGAUGAAACUGAUGGGAUUUACUACCUUUGACACAACCAAGGGGAAGAAAACCGAUGGAUCUGUGAAUGCACAUGCCGUCAAUGUGACCAUGAAGAGAAAGUACAGGCAGUACAUGAACAGAAAAGGUGGAUUCAAUAGACCACUGGACUUCAUUGCUUGAAAGUACCAACAACUCAUCGUGAUACCCAAGAAACAUACAUUUGUUCUCCCUUCACAAUAGUGGAAGAUGUACUAUUUGCUGUUAUUUCUAACUUCUUUUGUGUGAUGCAACAAUUCUGUACAUACCCUUUUAUAAGUAAAGGCAUGAGUGUAAAUAAUAGUGCUUGCAAUAAGCCACAGCUGAGUAUUGAAAGGAGACCCCAUGUGCACAAAAUAUGUGGAGCUUUGUUAUCAAGGUGGUGUACUGUAUUUUAUUUGAAAUAAAAGCAUUUUAAAAGUG